UAUAAAUAAAAAAAAGCUAAUAAAAGAGAUGAAGUAAGAAAUAUUUGCUAAACAAACCGUCAAAAAUUAUUUGUUGUAACAUAUCUGCUAUUAAAGGCAGAUAGUAUUCAGGAACGUACAAAAUGCAUUUUGUUUUGUUUGCGUUAUGAUAAAUAAGCAAAAACAUGCAAAAAAGUAAAAAAAAUGAAACUUAAACAAUUGUAACUUUAUGGGGACGUGACCAAUUCUUUCCAUUUUUGCACGAAAGAGCAGAGUGCUACGUAAAGUAAAUGUGGAACGUUUCCAAGUUUUAAAAUUUCUGAGUAACGAGCAAAAACCCAAAAAUUUCCGUUAAGAAAAAUGGGUUAGCGUGCAAUUUGUGCUUCUCUGACCGCCAUGGCCCAUGUGCAAUACCAACCUGCGUGUAAAAACUUCCAAUGUUUCUACAAAUUCGAAGUCGAUAUAUUCGUCUUUGCGCCCACGAGAGUGCUAACAACAAACUCUACACAGACUAACAUGGCUUAAUCAAUUCAGUGUUUCGCGCUGGUCGAUAUAAGGUGUCUAAAGCUUCCUUUAUGGUGUUGUAUACCUUAUGGAAAAAUACAAAAUGAGUUUGCUUCAGUGCUGAGUAUAAAAAAUUGUAACUUAUUACAUGAACAGCAUUCACCUGAAACUCAGUACAAAUGUGUGUGGCUAUGUAAAUAUUCGAAAUUGUGAGAAGGCUUGUAGAAAAAAAAGUCAAAAAAUAAGUGAUACUUUUGCCAUUGAUUUUCAUUUCAAAGUAAAGAAUUUAAAUCUCAGGACUUUUGCCAUAAGUAGGCCUCGGCAUUGAUACCAAAAUGUUCAGAAAAUAUAUCAACUGAGAGGUCGAAUCUCCGCUACUGGUAAUAGGUGCAAAAAUUAUGGGAACAAUCAAAACCUAUUCCUGCGUACAAACAGAUAUCCACUUAAAUAAAGACAACAUGAUACUACAUCAGCGACAUCUAUCUAACUUUUAUAAAAAAUGCAAACCAAGCAUUAAUUAGAAAAAAAAGACUUAACCUUAAUACAGAUAAUGUAAGCUACUACGGAUAUAUAGCAUCCUAAUAGAUUUUUAUUACAGACCACCACAAAAAUAUUAUAUAUAGGCAAAGUAGCUUUGUAAGUUUAGAUAAAAAAGGAACAAAAAUAAAAUGUCUAACAUUAAAACGGAAAAUGCUAGCGGGCUAGCUAUAGUAAAUACUUCCUCCGCAACGGCAACGUCUGGAAGCGGCAAUUCAUUAUUUCAAUUGCCGGUCAAUAUGAGCAAUCAUAUUAUGACCGAUCGAACCUCGUCCAUUAUUACUUCUACUACUACAACAAAUCGCAAUAUUUCUGUAACAAAUAUUAAAUGUGAAGUUGACAUCGAUGUGGCUACAUCAACGGCUUCUAGUGGAAACACGGUAUCGAUAGGAUUUUACAAUGGAGCUCGUGUGGCAAACUGCACCACCGGCUUAGGCAUUCGAAUACCGGUGACUAAGGCCGAAGACUCCGAUUCAGAGACGGAAUUAACUAAUAUUGAAAAUCUUAAAGUUAAUCGUAGAAUAACCAGCUCGAGUGGUAAUUUAGGUAGUGGCAAUCAUCAUAAUGCACCACGGCCUAUGUCUUGGGAAGGAGAACUUUCGGAAAAUGAGGAUACAACCGAAGCCGAAUUAAUGGAUACGGAUACCACCAUGAGUAAUAGUGCUGUGUUACAGCCACAAAGUUCGGCGACGGUCAUUAAAAGCGAAGUAUCAACUACAACACCAUCCACUACGCAAACUGUAAAGCCUGAAAUAGAACAAAUAGCAGUAGAAGUUCACCACCACACGGCAGCGAAUAGCGGUGGCAUGGGUAGUAUUUACCACCCCAAAUUAAAAUUAGCACCUACGCAAAGUGAUCCAAUCAAUCUAAAAUAUGAGCCGCCUGACCAUUCGGGUUUGAAUAAUUCGCCUUUGUUAGCACGACAGAAGUCAAGCACAGCUUUGACUCAUCUGCCCGCUAAUCCAAGCCCCGACUCGGCCAUACAUUCCAUAUAUACACAUAGUUCACCUUCGCAGUCACCAUUAACAUCUAGACAUGCUCCUUAUACUCCGUCGCUGUCGCGCAAUAAUAGUGAUGCUUCCCAUAGCUCUUGCUAUUCUUAUUCCUCAGAAUUUAGUCCUACGCAUUCGCCUAUUCAAGGUCGUCAUCCUGCGCCUCAUGUUGUAUAUGGUAGUUACAAUGGGUCAACACCCGGUAAUAUGCAUCAUUCCACUUUACUUUACCGGCCUAUUAGCACGACAGCCAAUUCAACAGCUUCUGCCAAUAAAUUGGAAAUGGUUGGGAAUGAAGUACAGAACUUAAGUAUGGAUGCAAAUGGCUCAACUUCUGCGUCUAGCGGUCCUUUUAGUAUUACCACAGAUGUGAAUGGUUUACCUACUUCACCAGCAGCUGGAAUUUCGCGGCAACAACUAAUUAAUUCCCCGUGCCCUAUUUGUGGAGAUAAAAUUUCAGGCUUCCAUUAUGGCAUUUUCUCAUGCGAGUCAUGUAAAGGUUUUUUUAAACGUACCGUCCAAAAUCGCAAGAAUUAUGUAUGUGUUCGGGGUGGACCAUGUGUGGUAAGCAUUACCACCCGUAAAAAGUGCCCGGCUUGCCGUUUCGAAAAAUGUCUUCAAAAAGGUAUGAAAUUAGAAGCAAUACGUGAAGAUCGCACCAGAGGAGGACGUUCUACAUACCAAUGUUCCUACACAUUGCCGAAUUCUCUAAUGAGUCCAAUUCUAGCACCAGAUCAGCAACAAAAUACAGCACAAAGCUUAAUAAAUGCUCAAACACAACAGCAACAGUCGCAGUCUCAAAUUCAACAGAUGCCGCAACAACCGCAACCACCACCGCAACAGCAACAACGUUUAGUCGCACCUUUGCAGAGUAGUUACAACAGCACUUCCAAUGCCAACGGUUAUGUUCCGGGACUAGGAUCCAAUAUUAAAACUGAACAUUCGGUAAUCGCUCCUCCUGCCUUGAACAAUAUUAAUUUGAAUUCUAGUUCACGCACUCUCAUUCUAAACUCCUCUUCUUCCGCUGGUGACAACGAUAUACACGACAGCAGUAUUCCUACUCUUUUACAAGAAAUUAUGGACGUGGAACAUCUUUGGCAAUACACAGUUGCUGAAUUGGCGCGACUCAAUCAACCGCUGAUUUCACCCCCUUCGAGUUCAACUUCUUCAAACACCGUUUCCACAAAUGUAGCAACACCGAGUCAAAUGACCAAUCCACUGCUGGCCAGUGCUGGCCUCUCAUCCUCCACCAACCCUGAUUUAAUAGCACAUCUUUGCAAAGUAGCUGACCAUCGUUUAUAUAAAAUUGUCAAAUGGUGUAAAAGUUUGCCGCUAUUCAAAAAUAUAUCGAUUGACGACCAAAUAUGCCUGCUAAUCAAUUCCUGGUGUGAGCUUUUGUUGUUCUCUUGCUGCUAUCGGUCCAUAGAUACACCUGGAGAAAUUAAAAUGUCACAAGGUAAAACUGUUAACUUGGCUCAAGCAAAAUUAACUGGUUUUCAGACCUGCAUUGAAAGAAUGCUGAAUCUGGCAGAUCAUUUAAGACGUUUAAGGGUUGACCGCUACGAAUAUGUGGCCAUGAAAGUGAUAGUAUUAUUGCAAUCUGACACAUCAGAAUUGCAAGAACCCGUAAAGGUUCGAGAAUGUCAAGAGAAAGCUUUGCAAAGCUUACAAGCUUACACUUUGGCUCAUUAUCCGGAUACUCCUUCCAAAUUUGGUGAAUUACUUUUACGUAUACCCGAUUUGCAACGAACGUGUCAAUUGGGUAAAGAAAUGCUUUCUAUUAAAUCUCGUGAUGGUGGUGAUUUUAAUUUAUUAAUGGAGCUUUUAAGAGGAGAACAUUGACAAAUGCCUAGGAAAUUUACCUUUCAGCCUCUUGGUAAAUUUGCAAUACUAAAAUCACUAAUUAAGUGCAAGUAUAUACCGCAACGAAACUACUUUCUAUCAAUUAAUGGAAUUUAUCUUUCAUUAAUUUUGUUAUUCCGUUGAUGAUUUUUUUUGCUUAUAUUAUUUUUGACCAGUGAAAUUGAUUUAAAUAGAUAAAAAUUUUAUUUGUUUAUAUGGCUUCGUUGUCCGCGAUUCUGUCUGUCAGCAUUGGGUUAAGGGAAACGAAUGGAGAUAGCAAGUUUAAAUUUGCCUUUAUCUAAGUUCUGUGCAACAAGUGUGAUCCGAUUGUAAGGUAAAUCGAAGUGUUUUACACACAUUUAUUAUAUAUGCAAUAAUAAAUUUAACGAAUUUAUCAAAAAAGGAAUUUGCGCACAUUAUUACAUUCACUUUUGAAGAAUAAGAAAAUGCUUCAUUUUUCGUUAGUGAAAUGGAAACUAAAUGACUCAUAAAUGGACAGGUUAACGUAAGAUCCACAAGCGAUUGGCCUAAGUACACCUGUCCGUUAUCUGUUGUAAGAUUUUUUAUGGUCGCAAAAAACUGAGAUAAUUAACUGAAGCUUUGCACAUAUAUUUUUCUUUAAAGAAUUCAAAUCUAUAUCGAACGUGGUACUUUAAAACAUGUGACACAGAAAUUUUGCGAUUAUCGAGAUUAUCAGUAACUGUUAAAUUUACUUCAUUUCUUCAUUUAUUUUAACAUAAAAAUAAUUCAUUUACUUAUAAGAUUUUAAGCGUCAGAAAGAAAAAAUUCU